AUGGCGAAGGUCAGAGCCGGUCAUUUUGGUGUCGAUCGUACGUGGAACAAUAUUAAAAAUAAAUACUAUUGGCCCAACAUGAAAACGACAAUCGAAGAUUAUAUUCAAUCAUGCCAUCAAUGUGCACGAUUUAAUAUACAACGACAAAAACCACUUGGUCUCUUACAAUCUAUCGAACCUCCCGAUGAAAGCUCCCAAGUACUCGAUCUCGACUGAUGAGGUCUGGUUCCUGUUUCAUCCGACGAAAACAAAUACAUUUUAAUUAUAACCGAUCGUCUAUCUGGCAAUGUUAUUGCUAAAGCUUCGCCAAAUAACACGGCUCAAACAACUGCUAUAUUUAUCUACCAGCAGUCGUUUUUGCAUAUAACAACGCUCAACAUCGUACAUGUGGGUUCACACCCUAUCAGCUCGCGUUCGGUCGUUUAUCGCGUAAUCCAUUUGAUUCACCACGUCGGAUUUUAAAUUCCGACUACCAACGAUAAUUGGCUACAACGGCUUGUCCAGCUAACGGUCUCCUUUUUUCGCUCUUUUUCAAAGAACUAUGGGAAUAAAGUUAGAAAAUAAUCUAAAAUUACAACUACUUAGAUAAUUGAGUAGAUUAAACAUUUCUCUAUAAAAUGAAAAGUGUCUCGGUUCUGAACGUUGAUUCAUUAUGAAAAUACAGCUGUUGUACAAACAGCCCCAAAACUCGAUGUUGAGGCUAUCUAAAAAGCGUGUCUAAAAGAGUGAAGACGAGCUGGCAAAAAUAAACCAGUAUACCAGUUUGUGGAAAAUUGUUUGCUCUACAAGAUGUGAUAGCUUGUCAAGUUCGAAACUAUUCUAAUUAAUCUGUAUUAAUCAAAGAAAAACUAGAAACCCGUGGCGCCGUGACAAAAAACAGUCAAAAGUGUCACGGCGUCACGGUUUUUCUUCGAUUAAUACAGAUUAAUUAGAAUAGUUUCGAACUUGACAAGCUAUCACAUCUUGUAGAGCAAACAAUUUUCUACAAACUGGU